CUUGUUAGUGUCUUUAAAUCUUCUUGUUUUUUUCUGCUUGAGCUGCAUAAACAAGCGAGUCGCCCACUUUACAGCUAAAUUUAUUCCAAAGUUCAAGCUGCCGGUCGGAGCCCACAGGAGGACACACAGUCCUGCAGCUACAGUGACGAAACUGGGAAUGUAUUUUUGAUGAAGCCACUUCCUAGAGCAACUUGCUUACAGUUAGCAGCUGCUCUGCUUCUCAUUUUGGCUUUUUGUGUAGUUUUUCUACAUUUUUUCCUGCGGUUUGCCCUCCUUUUCUGGGCGAUAUCAUGAAAGCAGUGUCGGUCUUAUUUCUUAGGUUUGUUAUCUGCAGCUGAUGGUGUUUGUGAUGCAGGAAGAGCAGCUCGUCCUCCUGUUGGACCAUCACCUGGGAGCAGUCAGGGGUGAUCCAGGGCCUGGUUUGUCAGCCGGUUAGGUUGAAUUCUUCCUCUCCGGAGUCACAACCAGGAAGCUCUAUGGGAGGUUUAAGCUCCACGUUUAAUUAAAGGAUCUUUCUAUAAAUGCGAGGAAGUCCUGCUGUUCUCAUUUAAAUACUUUGGUUAAAUUAUAAAAGCCCUUUUUUUCCUUCAGAAGAUGGACCCCUGGCCCUUUUGUUUGAAGGUAUAAACCUGCUGCUCUAAGGGCUUUCUGUUGGAUUAUCAGGACUCUGCUGAAGGCCUUUGAUCCGGUGCCAUCUCAUCGCCUUUUCACGUUCCUCCACUCUUGACAUUGAGGUUUUUUUUGUGGGAUUAAGCACCAACCCUUGGGACGUCCUCUUCAAGCAUCCUUUCUUUUUCAGGAAUACAAACUUUAACCGACAUAAUGGCCCGGCAGAGGAGCAGCAGAGGAGGCUGAAGGGCAGAUGGCUGCUGGAAAACACCAAUAGCUGGAUGAAUAAAACAUUCGGAUGGAGAGGGAGUCGUGACGUCUGGCUGAGGAGUGACUGACUCUCCUCUUUUUUUUCUGCUUCUUCUGUUUGCUCUUUGCGCUGCUUCAUCCCGUCUUUUAUUUCUCUCGAGGACGAAGGAGUCCAAACAAGCCGGUGCCUUCGCUUGUUCCUCCAGAGCUGUGUGAUGCUGCGCCCCCUCCUCUUGGUCCCGGAGACAUGCCCGUGCAGGAGAUGGCGGUGAGUCCUGUCAAGUCCCUGUUCUGGGAGCAGCUGCCCCCCAUGCAGCAGCGCCGCGUCUACUGCACCCCCGUCCACCACGACGGCCUCCUCUACGUGCUGGGCGGCUGCAGCGAGACCGGCGCCCCCCUGGACAGCGUGGAGGUCCUGGACGUGGAGAGCCAGACGUGGAGCCAGCUGGCCCCGCUGCCCACCGCCCGGGCGGGGGCCUCGGCCGUGGCGCUGGGGGGCCAGGUGAUGGUGCUCGGGGGCAUGAACCAGCAGCAGACCCCGCUGGCCUCUGUGGAAAUGUACCACCCCGACGAGGGCAAGUGGGAGACGAGGGCCGGCCUGGGGCAGCCGUCCAUGGGGGUCACCAUCGUGGAGAAAGACGGGAAGGUUUAUGCAUUUGGCGGGAUGGGAGCUGACACGACGCCUCAGGCUCUGGUCAGAGUCUACGAGGCUGAGAAGGACCAGUGGCAGCCGAUGACCUCCAUGCCAACGCCGCGUUACGGAGCCACGCCCUUCGUACGAGGAAACAAGAUCUACAUCAUGGGUGGCCGUCAGGGGAAGAUGCCGGUGACGGCGCUGGAGGCCUUGGACCUGGAGAUGAAGAGCUGGACCCGCUACCCCUGCAUUCCCAGCCGGAGGGCCUUCUCCUGCUGCACCACCAACGACAGGAGCCUCUUCAGCCUGGGGGGCCUCCAGCAGCCGGGGCCCCACAACUUCUACUCCAGGCCUCACUUCGUCAGCACCGUGGAGGAGUACGACCUGGACCAAGGUAUUUGGAUCAAACCCACCCGAACGUCCAGGAUGAGGGAGAAGAGGGCCGACUUCGUGGCAGGAUGUCUGGGUGGGAGAGUCAUCGUAGCUGGAGGUUUAGGUAACGAGCCGUCGCCACUGGGCACCGUGGAGAGCUACAACCCGGUGAAGCGGCGCUGGGAGUACGUGGCCCCGAUGCCGACAGCCCGCUGCUCCUCGGCGCUGCUGCAGACCUCCAGCAUGCUGUUCGUCAUCGGCGGCGUGGCGCAGGGACCCAGCAACGCCGUGGAGGCCCUCUGCUUACAGGAAACAGUGUGACACGCAAACAACACGGCAAGAAACUACACUCACGAAUGUGCAGAAACACAAGCACAUGAAUCGGAGCUUAGGAUGCUUUUCUACCUGACGGAUCCCUCUUGUACACUCUUUUUCACAUUCAACGAGCAUUUUCAGGCGAGCAGAGAGCUGGACGAACACGACAUUAAAGGAUGCCAAAGCUGCGACUGGCAAGGACACAAAACAGACAGCUUUACUCUCUUUGUUUUUUUACUCUGGGGAAAUCAGAGAAAGACAAAAAAAAACAAAUAUGGAAACCCCCAGACACUCAGACAUCAUGUCUGCAGAAACAACACGCCUUUGAAACUGUUGAGCAUUUUUCAGAAUAAAAGCAGGGUACUUUUCUGGAUAAUUAAAGGAACAUAGGGCCAUAUAUCUGAAUCUCUCCUUUGCAGCGGCGCCGCUUCGACACUUUUCUACGACCUUAGAAACCACACUUUGUUCAGCUCUGGGGAUGUGAAUGUGUGUUUCAGUGCUAACCCUUUUCCACUGUUCCAUCUUCUCCCAGAAGUCCAUCCAUCUUCUGAAACCAGUGAAACCUUUGGCCGAUGUUGAUCACAGUCGCUGCAUUUUCUUCGUUUCUAGCAAACUGUGGUCAGAUUCGUCGACACCUUGCUUUGCAUCUGUCCAUCCGUGCACCACGUUAGUCCAUCGGCGAGCUCGGAUGCUGAUUGAUGCCACAGAGUAACUCACAGCUCAGAUAAAUCAUCUCUUUUUCGACACGUAACAGUAUUUUCUCCUCGAGCGAUUGCGGUUCACUUUAUCCUUUACCUCAACCCGACAUCCGGAAGGUUUGACAGACGCAUCGGGAUGACACCAGGGCAACACUUUCACAGCAAAUUUUUAUUCUCCAGGAAGACAAUUCACAAACUAGUGCAAAAAAUCAUAGAAUAUGUAACGAUUAGGGAGUCAUUUAAAGGAUUUGCCUGGAAAAUAAUUUCAAGUAUAGUGAUCAAAGGUAUGAAAUAGCAUGUUUUGAACGAACACAGUUAUAAUAGCAGCACAAACAUAAAUGCCAGAGGUGUCUACUUGGAGAAAUUCUCCACAAAAAGUUGUCUUUUGUGUGUAAAACAUUAAUAUAAGGAAAAAAUUGUAGCUUGCAGAAGAGGCAAAACAAUGUUCUGUUCCAAAACUAACUUUUCUUUGCCUAUAAAUCCUUAAAUAUUCAACUUCAUGCAUGAAACACAUUUAGUGUUACAAAGGGUUCAAAUCUUUACAAAUUUCAUUGCAAUUCAAUGCAAACUUCUCAACUUUCACCCAAAGCCGAGAAAGAUCAAAACUCUUUCUAAAACUAAUGCAAACUGGGAUUCAUACCUGCAAUCUGUUACACUAAUAGGCAAGGACUAGAGUCAUGUUUUGAUGGUUUCUCUGUAAAGUAUUUCCUGGCAGAGUAAUGAAAGUUCUAAAAUAGCAGGUUUUGGUCAAAUACAGUUAUAAUAGCUGCACAAACAAAUGCCCGAGGUCGCUACUUAGAGAGAUUCUCCACAAAAAGUUGUCUUUUGUGUAUGAAAUAUUCAUGAAAGGAAAAGUUUGCAGCUUGCAGAGGAGGCAAAACAAUGUCCAGUUCCAAAACUAACUUUUCUUUGCCUAUAAAUCCUUAAAUAUUCAACUUCAUGCAUGAAACAUGAAACACUUUAAGUGAUAUAAAGGGUUCAAAUCUUUAUCAAUUCCAUGCAAACUUCUUAACUCUCACCCAAAGCUGAGAGACCUUUCCAAAAGUAAUGCAAACUGGGUACUUGGACUACGCUACACUAAUAGUCACAGAAGAAAACAACAUUUUAAUGAUGGCUGCCCGUUAGCCACUAAGCUAACACCGUUAGCCGCCUCUCCGUCCUACAGCGGAACAUUUGAUACUCAAAAGGCAGAUUUUUUCUGGAUAUCUGAGUUUGCUUUGGGGCUGAAAGUGCAGCUUUAUAUAAAGAAUGAGGCAUAAAAGAUGAAGGAUGAGGCGCCUUGUGACAGAAGAGACGCGGUCGGCCUGGAAACCGAGCAGACAUCUCCAGUGAAGCUGGAACUAAAAUCGUUUUAUAUUUUGAAAAAGGACACACUGUUAAUGCACCAGAACGCCAGAGUCAAUCAAGGUUUAGCUGGUUUGUCCCAGAAGGUUACACGCCGUAGAAUUAUAAACUUAUACUGAGACAAUUUGCAGCAAAAUGUCAAAAAUAUAAAAUUUAUGCAUCACAUAAAAGCUCAUUCACCCAUUACAGCUAAAGUAGAUGAUGCACAUUUAUUUAAAUUUGCAUUAGUCGUCUUUCUUACUGGCUGGAGACGAGAAGUUUAUUUGUUUUCACCGGAGUUUAUUGUGCGGUUAUGUGAUUAGAAAAUAAUGAUCCUGUCCUGCUACACCUCUGCAACCUUAAUACAUCAUGAAUCAUCUGAAGAUGCCGUGAAAAAGGCCCAGAUGAGUAAAGAGAGCUGCCUCCGGCCCCCACAAUCACCGCUGUUUCCUCCACACUUGUUACAUCAGUUGCUGCUGCAUCGUGUUGCAUCUAAUUGUCCGUUUCACAUACGAGCCACAAACUUGUCACGUAUGUUUGCACGCACACGCAGGAAAACACAAACACUCCUGCAGCCUGAUUCCAUGUUUGUUCCAUCUGUUGUUUGGGAACUUUGACCCUCUUCAGCCGUGGAUUCAUUGUUGUGGAGUUUCAGCGUUGUCGAGGCAGACGGAGACACACUUAAGCUGUGAGUAAAGUUUACUGAUACUAGAAGUGACACCAACAGAGCAGCAGCUCAUGCAAGCAGUUCUGAGGAUUGUCUCUGAUCUUUAGGUGUAUAUUGUAGCUGGGAGAAGGUCAGAUUUAAAUUUCAGACCAAUAUGGAGACAGCUAGUCUGUUUAGUCAGUCAGAAUGGACAAUAUCUAAUAUCAGGCCAUUAUGACCCCAGGAAAGGGAAAGUCAUUCUUCCUUCACAUUCAUGACAACAUCACAGACAUUUUUUAGGGGUCAGUAAGAGCUGCUGAUGCAGCUCUGGUAAUAAUUAUACGACCACUUUGGUAGCUGUUUUCUGAAGCCUGCUUUGGUUAAAUAAGUGCCAGGAUGGUUUGCAGAUCCCAAACUUGCUAGGAGCAUCUUUCUCACUCAUCGCUCUUUAUGAAGCACCGAGAUGUUUUCUGGUAUUCUUGAUCAGUUAAAGCUGUUUUUAAACAUUUUUUAUAAUUGAUCUGAUUUAUUAUAGGCCCCUUUUUAAAAAAUAUUCCAUAUAUUGUGAAGUUUUAGAUCCACAAGGAGAAUAUUGCAAUCUGACAUUAUCCUCGUCAUCCCGUAAUUUUAUUCUUUUAGGCUUUGUUGAGCAAUAAUUUAGUUUGGAUUGUCUCUUUUAUUUACAGUUUUGCACAAAAUAAUAUCAACUCACCAAAAGUUUUCUGCCGCCUAAGUGUGAAUUUUGAAAUAUCUCUAAGUGUAAUUUGUUGCAUAUAUUUAAUUAUUACUGCUGCAGUUUUAAAGCAGAAUUUGAAUACUGAAGUCCUGUUUUGUGGACUUUUUAAAAGAAAACAACAGUUGGUUUAAUAAUUACGUAAGUUCUCCACAUGCAUCCACAGGCUUGUGCUUCUAAAACCAUACUAUAAGAGGUAAUAAGUGUUUUCAUGUUUCUGGACAGAGCUGCAGGGGAGCUUUUCAUGACGCAAUACCAAAGCCUGUCUCUGAGCAGAAUUUGCAGGAAAGCUGAACCUGCCACAGUAGAAAGAACAUUCUUUUUUAGCUAACACACAAACACCAAACAACCAACAGAUUCCAAACAAGUGGACAGUUUUCGCUGAGGAUAGUCUGACUCUUUAGGUGUUUCCAGCUCCGUUUCUGUUCACCAGCUAGCAGCAGACUGUUGUUAUUCUGUUGUUUGUUGGAGCUACAACAGAAGUUUGAUGGACUGAAGAGACGAUCUGCAGGUAGAGAGCUGCAGGGAACUGGCAACAACUCAAUAAAUUUAACUUUUAAAGCUGAAUAUCACAAGGAGAAUCAGGACGACACAUCUAGCGGCUUUAGAGACUCCUUUCACAUCGUCAUUUGAUCCAUUUUUGGUGUCAAAUAUUUACUAGUGCACCAUUAAAGCUGCAUUUACUGACUCUCUUUAUAUUUGGCUGCACAACAAGGAAAAAACACAACGUCUGGCACAUUAUUGGAAAGGUAACUAAGGAUUUGCAUUUUUAUAUUUUGCAGAAAUAGAGCAACAUUAGCCAGAUUUUAGAGUUGCAUUCAAGUGUUAUUGCAAAGCUCUGGCUUUCUCCCAAAAAUAGAACACGUCUUCAGCUUGAUGGAUGCUCAACCAGCUCAUGUACGGUGAAUUAAUCCAAGUUUUUUUAACAGUAAGCCAAAGUUUCACGCUGCAGUCACAACAAUGAGCUCAUAUGAGCUAAAAAAGCUGCACAGAGCUCCAGAUUCAGGUUUAAUUCUCUACAAGUCGUCCCUAGAUGCAUUGUUAAUGGAAAAUAUAUUCAAAAGGGCAGCUUUAAAGCUACAUUUAUUGAUUUUUUUCCCACGUGUCUGCACAAAGUGAAAAAACUCCACAUAUCACUCACUAUUGGGAGAGUAAAAAAUGAACUGCAUUUUAAAAUCUUUCCAAAAUGGGGCAACAUUAGCAUGGGUUUGGAGCUAGCUUAGCUUUGCUGCUCAGAAGCUUUCUACAGUGAAAUGAUGUUUUUCCCCCAAGAAAGCCAAAGUUUCAGGCUGCAGAGUCACAAUGACCUCAAAAAGGCUAAAAGAAAAGCUGCACAGAGCUGCAGAUUCAGCAGCUUUAAAGCUAUAUUUAUUGACAUCUGUUUUUCAUUUUUUCUGGACAACAAAUUGAGAACUACGUUUGGCAAUUUAGUGGAAGUGUAAGAAAAGAAUUGCAUUUUAAAAUGUUGAAAUAUCCUCAUAAGUGCAGCUUUAAAUCGACAUUUGUUGAUUUUUUUCCCCCACUUAGCCGCACAAGUGGAAAACGCAACAUCUGAUAUUUCAUUGGAAAUGUUAGCAAAGAUUUGCUGAAUUUUGCAGAAAUGGAGCAACAUUAGCGUUUUUGGAGCUAACUUAGUUUAGCUACUGGGAAGUUCAUGUUUUUCUCAGAAAGCACAAGUUUUCAGGCUGCAGAGUGACAACAAUGAGUUAAGAGAUCCUAAAAAAAGCUGCACAGAACUGCAGAUUUGGGUUAUGAUUCUCUACAUGUCAUCAUUUGAUGCAUUGAUAAUGCAAAAUACACUCAUAAGUGCAGCUUUAAAGCUACAUUUAUUGAUAUUUUCCCACUUGGCUGCAUCCUAAAUUGAAAACACAACAGCUGAAACAUUACUGGAGGUGUAAGCAAAGGGUUGCAUUUCUAAUUUUGCAGAAAUAGACCAACAUUAGCAUGUGUUUGGAGCUCAGAAGCUUGUGUUUUUCACAGAAAGCACAAGUUUUCAGGCUGCAGAGUCACAACAAUGAGCUCAAAGAGGCUCAAAAAGCUGCACAGAGCUGCAGAUUCAAGUUUUAAUUCUCUACAUGUCGUCCUUUGAUGCAUUGUUCAUAGAAAACAUAUUCAUAAGUACAGCUUUAGCACAGCAGUGACAUCCUGUUUGUGCCUGUCUUUGUGCGUCUGCAUUCACAUUUCUGCUGUGUGAUUAUGUCUGCGUGGGUGCCUGAUUGUUAUUGUGCUUUUCUGUGGGUGCAUGUGUGCAAAUCCGUGACACCAUUGUUGCAGGAAGCUCUCUUCCAUCCAGUUUGCUGCAGCCCCAGAGGAACUCUGGGUCGUCGCCAGGCGGCUCUCUCCGUAUUACUCAUCUGGUGUUCAGUGUAAAGCCAGCAAAAAGACAACUUUUCUCUCCCGCUGUGACCCCUUUGGUUCACCGUAUUGACAACACGACUCACAAAUGUUGUGUUUGAUAGAAAAAGACGCCUUGUGUGUCUGCUUCCUGGCUGCCGAUGCGAGGCAUGUGCCAGCUCGUUGGAGAGGAAUCCCUCUGCAGAACAAAAGAGCAGGAUGCUGCAGCACAGCGAGCAGCUAAUUACAAGCUGCACACUAUUAGAACGGAAAUGUGUUCUCACGGGAUAAAUUAAUAUGGUUUGAGUUCAAACUUCUAGGAAGAAGUCAGGUUUGUAAAAUGUGGAAAAAAGAGGAUUUUCCAAACAAGUGUCCUAAAAUCACCACAGGUUUUUACUACGACAUGAUGCCAGGCACCGAACUCACAAAAGACACACAAACGCUCGCUUUUUUUCGGCCCCCAGAAGGUUGCUUUGUGAGUUAUUACCUCUCUGCUUGAUGAUGCAUUCAGGGCCCUGUCGGUACGUUCGGCGCCUUGAUUCACAAAAACAAGGCCCGAAGACUCAGGUUCUGACAGAACGAUGAGGCCGAGCGGAAGCACAGAGAAUUCACACUGCUUUCACUUUUACAAAUCCAGAACUGUGUCUUAUUUUUGGCAAUGACAAGCCUCUCCUGUGUUUUUUUCUUCUACUUUACUUUUUUCUUUUCGUGCGGGAAACUUCCUCGCAGGUAGCAUAAAUGUGUUCCUUUUGACAUUAGCACGUGUUCUUGUUGUUUUUCUCCAUUUUUAAAAUAUCAGUCACUCCCUUGAUUAUUCUGGAUUAAGUGAUCGGGAUUCGAUAUAUGAGUACUUUUGUUGUUGACUGUUCAUGUUUGUUGAUUAUUUCUGCCCUCUGGUUGUUUUGUGUUGUCGGUGGAGGUGUGUCGUGAGCCGGGUUCCCCCAAAGUGUUCGUCACUGGUUGCGUGUUCUUGCAGAGCUUUUUGCUUCGACUGAAAGUAUAUUUUUGAAUAGAAGUAUGUUUAUUUUCACCACGGACGUGAUACAUAAGAGAAAAGUUCACAUAAAGCAGAGAAGAAAGGCUCAGAGAUAUGAAAAGCUGCGCAUUUUAUUCACAUUCCAAUCUGUUGACUGAGUUUUUAGCAGAUUGUGAAAGAAAACUCCAGUUGAAUUUGAUUUUGUGGACACGUCUGUCGUUCACAUUGGUGAGUUUUAAACUAGUGUGUUCAGACAUUUUGGGAAACACAAACCUCCCUCCUGAACUGCUUUAUGGUCUCUGUGGAUCAGUAUCUCCUCGACGAAGAGAGAAAAACAAUCUGCCGUUUGUGUUGAGGAGGCGUGACGACAAUUAUAAAUAUUCUGAUUUCUGUUCUUUACACUUGCUGUGUUUUAAUGGGUGAACAUUUAGUGGUAGAAGCAGCUUUCAGUCAAACAGAACCAGAGACUAUGCACUAACGGUGCAGCUUCACCCUCAAGUGAGUCGGAUCUCAGAACAUUUACCACUUAUUCUAGUAGAUGUGUGAAAAAAAUGAAGGAUAACAGAUAAACAGAAAUGUUUAACAUUUCAUGCACAGUUGGGGCAAUUAACAUUCUGAGCAACAAUGUUUGAGCAACACUCCACCAUUUUACACACAAAGCUCAGAUUUCUCAGAGUUAAAGUCUCGGUUAGUUCAAUGCAAUUCGUCAUUCAGGAUGUUUUCAGUCCAUCUAUUUGAAAGCUGAAGCCUACUUCUGAGAUUUAUGAUCCAAUUGAUAAAAUAUUUUGCUAGUAAAUCUGAAAAAAUGUAAGCAUGGGAAACAGGUGUCGUUUGUCUCCAUCCAUAAAACUCAUAGACUUUCAUCUCAAAUCAUAUUUUUCCAACUUUAAUCUACACGGUUUUUGUACCUUUGUGCAAAACACCUGCAGUCUUUUCUUUAAAAAUAUGAAGCAAAACCAAUGAUGUAGUGUUAAGAACAGCUACAAAAAAUUCCUUUAGAGAUAUUUUCUCCAAUUUAUGCCGUCAUGUUUACAAGUAAAAAUCUCACAAUUUCAAGCUCUGGGCUUUGUAUUUUUGGAAUAUUUUUGGGAAUUUGUCACAUUAAAUGUUAAUGACCAAUUCAGUGCACUUUGUUUCCCCAAUUGUCAACAUAUAGGCUAAAUAAUGUUUUCAAAAUGGAAAUAUUGCACUGAAUUAGUCGUGUAUAAGUUCACAAGUGAUGGCUUUUAACAUUUAAUGUGACAAAAUUCCAAAAACAACUUUUUAGAGGUUGACGUGAUGUGAAGCUAGCAGUUUCCCUUUGUUUUCAGUCUUUAUGCUAAGCUAUGCUAAUCACCUCCGGCUCCAGACGUGUUGAUUUUUAUAUCUAUCUGUCAAUUUUUACAAAGCUAUUUAUAGUUUACAGUUAUUCCUAAAAUGUCAAACUAGUAAACACACAUUUUGUUGAGUUGUGUACUUGUCACAUGUAUUUCAAAACUAAAUCUGUGUUAAGAUCUGAUCAUUUGCUCAACAGAUGCUAAUUAGCUGCUAUCAUACGAUUACGCAGUUACUUUUCCAGGGUUUCUGCAGGGCUUUAAAAAGCAGUAAGAGUCAUUAAAUGGAUUACAAUCUUAAAUGGCAUUAAAAAUCCUUAAAUUUGAUUCUCAGUGGCAUUAAAAAUUCUUUCUUCCGUUUUCAAGAAAAACAUUUGAUAUAAUAAUAAUAUAAUAAUAUAAUAAUGUAUAAUUAUAGACUGCAAUUCAUCAGAAAUGUGCAUCUGCAUAAACAUGCCAAAGCAUUGCAAUAACUGUUCCGACCGGUCAGGUACAAUUGCCAAAAACUGCAUGUUUUUAAAGUGGCCGGUAUGCUGGACCAGGUGGAGGAGAGCUGGGAAAUACAAAUUCCAGCAAAAAUGGCAAGAAAACGUGGAAUUCAGAGAAUGACAACAGACGACAGGUGGUCAGGGGUGGUUUCCGAAUUCAGAAAUAGUGAAAUGUAGAGCCAGUUUUCAUAUAAAAAUCAUCUUUUACAAACAAACUCAUGUAAUUUGUUCAGUUCACCGUCGUGGCAUUAAAUUUUUUACAGUGUAGCAUUAAAAUGGCAUUAAAAAGCUUUAAAUGUGACUGGCUGAUUUCUGCAGAAACCCUGUUUUAAUUGGGCACUGUCCCUGCAAAAAUAAACAAAUAAACUAAAGUAAACCAAACACCAAUUAGAAAUUUGAAUACAGCAAUAGAAACAGAAAAGGGCAAAUUUUUGGUGAAAAUAUUUUGGUGAUUUUCCAAGAAAUACUUCUCAUAAAUAAAGCCAGAAACUGUUUUAGUACAUAUUUAAUCCUGUACUGAUACAAAUAAAUGAAUAAAAAUGCAACAUGUGAGGUGAGGCUAGCAGUUUCCCUUUGUUUCCAGUCUUUACGCUAAGCUAUGCUAAUCACCUCGGGCUCCAGACGUUGUGUUUAUUUUCAUAUCUAUCUUUCAAUCUCUAAAAAAUCGUUAUUUCUAAAAAUUCAAACUAGAAAACUCACACUUUGUUGAUUUGAGGACUCGUCACUUGCAAAUAAAAACUAAAUCUGAUCACUUGAGGGCGAAGCAUCACUUAGCAGCAAACACCGAACGCAGCACGUCGUGUUGUUGUGUUUGAGGUGCUUUUCCUUCACCUCAGAUGUACAAAGUUCUUCUAAUCCCUCUGACGACCAACGCGAUUGGGCUACUGCCUGUUUCCGGGAGGAGGAGUUGCUGCUUGCCAGGACGGAGAACAAAACCAGACACGUUACUUUUGUUAUUAUAAUUCCUGGUAUAAUAAUGAUGGUAAUCGCGGUGAUAUUCAUUGUUGUGCUUGUUUUUUAUUUCCUGGGUUCUCUGUAAUAGAUAAACGUGACGCUGCGGUGUGUUUUUGAAAUGUUGAUCGGGACAGAAAAGAGAGCAAAGAGCGACUGAGCUCAUAUUAAAGGGCAGGAUGGGUUUGAAUUAGCGGGAUGAUGUGAUGUUCACAGGGAAAGGCUGCCUCCCCUCAACAAAGCCUGCCAGACUCGCUGCUGCAGCCACAGAUACCAUCAGAGGGGUUUUAAAACGAUAGCGAGGAUUAGCAUUAACAGCUACAUGACUCUGGUUGAUAACUUCAUUAUGAUAAAGAUAAUUUUGCCUCCUUGAAGGGAGCAAAAGUGCUGAGAAGUCGCUCUAGUCAGCAUUUAUUUAGAGUGUAAGCUUCGAUAUGGUGGCCCAGAGAGCUCAGUUUGAGGAAACACAUGCAAAAAGGAAAAAUGCACGCAGAUUAAUGACACUUUUCUUCAUAAAUUUAGAAAAAAUAAAAUGAUGUUCCAAAUCCAGAAAACACAACCAAAUGCAGCGGCAAACUACAAAGACUUUCAGGAAAAAAGUUUCCAAAAUGUAUUAGUGUAAAAAUCAGUAAGCUAGCAUGCUAGGUUACCAUAUAUUUUAUCAAGGUUGCGCUACAAGCAUGCAGAACCCCCAGCAGACGUUUAGAUUCUAGUGUUUUUUGCAUGUGUUUUUUCUCCAUAAAGUCUCAGGAUCACUGUGCUGUGCAUCAUUUAAUCUGCACAGCUCAAAACUCCAAGCUAAAAGAUGCAAAGAAAAUUAUAGACAUAAGAAAGCUGCACCUGUUCCGGAGAGCGGUUUUGGUUAAAACUUCUGCUUUCCUGGAGUAAUAGUGGACAUUUAAGGAGCAACAAAUGCAAACUGGGCUUUGCUUUUAGCUGUUUGCCACUAAAACUGCAGUGAACAAGGCUAAAGUUAGCCUGAUUCUGACAAACUAAUAACCUGUAGGUGGGUUUAGCGGCAUUUACACGUCCUGAUGCAGCACUAACUCCUCAGAUACAGGUGCAUCUCUCAGUUUUCUGCGUUCUAAACGGUGCUGUUUUGUUUCGGCAUCGUAAACUUGCUGCAGCAGCGACGUUUCUCGCAGGCUUUGGCUCUGAGACCGAGUCGUGGCCGUGACUCCAGUGCAGUAGUUCAGUGCCUAUACUAAAUGUGAGGUAGUGCCUCGACUAUGAAUCCUGUUCUAUAAUAAACUAUUUUGACUUGCUGUCUGA